GUUGAGAACCACUGCUCUAGACAUAUGUAUAUAGUUUUGCAAGCACAUGUAGAUUCACACAAGGAUAUGCCUAGUAUUGGGAGUUUCUGGUCACAGUGGCUACUGUCUAGAUUGGGUUUAUACAUGUUCAGCUUCCAGUAAUACAUCCCAGCCCAAACUGCGAGAUACCUCGCCACCCAACAAUUCUUGGAGGGCACUAUGUGUAUGAAUGUAUGUUUUAUAGGUAAUGCUCAACUUAUGACUGUAAUGGAGCCUGUCCAUCAUGGUUGUAAGUCGUGACGGUUGUAAGUUGGAUCACCCACGUGAUUCACCCUUUUCAUGACCUUUUUUGUGAUGAUCAUUAAGUGAACUCAGCCAACAUAAAGCAAACAACAUGGCUGCUAAGUGAACCAAUGGUUCCCUAUGGGCCGGUUUUGCCAAAAACCAGAAGUAAAUGCUGAUUUUUCAGCAAAACCAUUAUAAAAUGUGGUCACAUGUUUGUGGGACGCGGCAAACAAUUGUAAAUGUGGGCUGUAGAAUAGAGAAAGGUGACCUGUAGUAUUCCAUAUGUUUUUGAACUAGAAUUCAAGGCAUCCUUCAUGAUUUGUGCAGCUAUUGAGAGUUGCAAUUCAGAAAUGCAUGGAGUGCUUUAUGCUGUUCUACCCUGCAGUAUAAACUUUUUCAGCCUCUUGCCUGGAGACUGAUUUGCUUUUCACAAAACGGAACUGAAACCAGAAACUGAUGCCCUGUAAUGCUAUAUUGCAUGGGGUGUGUGUGUGUGUGUGUAAAAGGGCUUCAUGUUGGACGCUUGAGAAGUGAGAAUGAGAGCUCAUGUGUCUGCCAAGGCUCUUGUGUGCCUGUUUAGUAUUUCCACAUUCAUCUUGGGUACAGAAUAUUGUCUGGAAAAACAGAGAAGAACUGCUUGUACUUCUCAAUGCUCAAAGCUUUGAAUCCUUUCUGCGAUGGAGAGUGACCCAGGCAACUGGUCAGUCCUGGAGCAUCUGGGUCUGGACCAGAGCUCAGAUUUUUCAGACACCAGCGUGCAGCAGAAAUUGGAUGAGGAGAAAGAGAAAAUUAAACGUGAGAUCCGCAAAGAACUGAAAAUAAAGGAGGGAGCAGAAAAUUUGCGCAAGGCUACAACAGACCGUAAGAAUCUCUCCAAUGUGGAAAACUUGCUCAAGAACUCCAACCGCAAACUGGAGACGUUGCAUCACCAUCUUCAGGAUCUCAAUGCACACAUUGUGGUCAAGGACCCCGAAGAGCUGGGGGAUGCCCCACAGUCACCAGGCAGCCUGAGCCGAUCAACAGCUACUAAAAGUCGUAUUGCUGGUCUGGAAAAGCAGCUCAACAUUGAGUUGAAAGUGAAGCAGGGAGCAGAGAACAUGAUCCAGAUGUAUGCCAACGGUGCUGCCAAAGAUCGGAAGUUGCUGCAGACAGCCCAGCAAAUGCUACAAGAUAGCAAAACCAAGAUAAACAUUAUCCGCAUGCAGAUUCGCAAGGCUGUGCAAGCUGACGAGGUGCAGCUGACUAUGGAAGAUGGGCAAGGGAACACAGAUCUAAGCGCCAUAGAAUUGAGAAUUGAGGAGCUUCGCCAUCACUUCCAAGUAGAAUAUGCUAUAUCUGAAGGUGCCAAAAAUGUACUGCGCCUUCUGAGCUCCAGCAAAGUUCAGGAUCGUCAUGCUAUUUCUGAGGCACAGACCAGGCUGAACGAAUCAAGCCAGAAGUUGGAUCUUUUGCGAUAUUCUCUGGAGCAACGUCUGGCUGAACUGCCUGAAGAUCAUCCAAAGGCCUGCAUCAUCAAGGAGGAACUCAUCUUGGCCUCCUCUCCUGCCUUCAGUGCCCGCAAUACCAGUUCCUACCAGCAUAUCCAGUAUAAUACCCUAUCAAAGCCAUCUCCACUCACAGGGACCCUGGAAGUGCAGUUGUUAGGCUGCAGUGGGUUGCUGGAGGUUGUCCCAGGACGUACCCGUGGCUCCACUGUAUGCCUGCCUUGCAACAGUCCUGGUGAAGCACGGCCUUCAUUCAUGAGCCGCGGGCGAGGGCUAUAUAAUCGCAGUGGUAGUGUAAGUGGCAGGACCACCAUCAAAUCAGAAGAUAACAGCAAUGAAAUAAGUGCUGUAUUGAAGCUGGACAAUGGAGUUGUAGGCCAGACCGCUUGGAAAUCCAUUGGCCUACAAGCUUGGAACCAGGUUUUCACAGUGGAAUUAGAAAGGUCAAGAGAGCUGGAGAUUGGUGUCUAUUGGCGUGACUACCGCAGUCUCUGUGCCCUGAAAUACCUCAAGCUGGAAGAUUUCCUUGACAAUGAACGCCAUGAAAUUCACCUGGAAUUGGAGCCACAGGGCACUCUGUUAGCAGAGGUUAUCUUUUUUAACCCUGUCAUUGAGCGCAUACCCAAGCUCCAGCGACAGAAGAAGAUCUUUUCCAAGCAGCAAGGGAAAGCUUUCUUGCGUGCUCGUCAAAUGAACAUUGAUAUUGCCACAUGGGUACGUCUCCUGCGACGCCUCAUUCCCACUGCCAGUAGUACAGGGACUUAUAGCCCCUCAACGCAGAUGACUCCAACAUCUGGCUCAGAAAGUAGGCAGAGCUCUGGGGACAUUGCCAUUGAGAAGCUGAACUUGGAAGGGGAUAGAGUUCAAAUUGGGCAUUUGGGCCAGGAUGAUCCUGAGCUUCCUGAGAAGGUCUUACUGACUUCACAAGCUGAGGAGGAGGUCUUUCAAAUGGAGUUAGGUUCAGGAGGUGAGACUAGAGGAUCUGAAAAUAUUUUUCACAGCAGCCAUAUGAGAAAAACACCUCUCACUAUGGAUGAUUUCCAUUUUGUAGCUGUGCUAGGUCGCGGGCACUUUGGCAAAGUGUUGUUAUCUGAGUUACACCGAACAAAAGAACUGUUUGCUAUUAAGGCCUUAAAGAAAGGGGAUAUUGUUGCAAGAGAUGAAGUAGAGAGCCUGAUGUGCGAGAAGCGGAUUUUUGAGAUUGUGACCCAAGCACGGCAUCCUUUCCUAGUGAACCUUUUCGCCUGUUUCCAGACACCCCAGCAUGUCUGUUUUGUCAUGGAGUACACAGCAGGUGGAGACCUCAUGAUGCACAUACACACUGAUGUUUUUUCAGAGCCACGUGCAACGUUUUAUGCUGCUUGUGUCGUCCUGGGCCUGCAGUUUCUUCAUGACCACAAGAUAGUAUAUAGGGAUCUGAAGCUGGAUAACCUACUAUUGGACACAGAAGGCUUUGUGAAAAUUGCAGAUUUUGGCCUCUGCAAAGAAGGAAUGGGCUAUGCUGACCGUACCAGCACAUUCUGUGGGACACCAGAGUUUCUGGCUCCUGAGGUGCUUACAGACACCUCCUAUACAAGAGCAGUCGAUUGGUGGGGCUUGGGGGUCCUUACCUAUGAGAUGCUUGUAGGUGAGUCCCCAUUCCCAGGAGACGACGAAGAAGAAGUAUUUGACAGCAUUGUCAACGAUGAGGUGCGCUACCCCCGUUUUCUUUCCACAGAGGCAAUUGGAAUCAUGCGCCGGCUGCUGCGUCGGAAUCCAGAAAGACGCCUGGGUUCUAGUGAGCGUGAUGCGGAGGAUGUGAAGAAGCACCCAUUUUUCAGAAGCAUUGAAUGGGAAGCUUUGCUGGCUCGUAAGGUCAAACCACCCUUUGUGCCAGUAAUUAAGGGCCGUGAAGACAUCAGCAACUUCGAUGAGGAGUUUACAGCUGAAGCAGCUGUGCUGACACCACCCCGUGAAUCACGGCCCCUCACUCAAAAGGAACAGGAUGCCUUCAAAGAUUUUGAUUAUGUCUCCAGCGUCUGCUAGCUCUGGAAGUGACGGCAAGGAGACCUCCUCAACACUGCCAGCUCUGUGAGGCAGAAUUCUGUUCCUCCAUUGACUCAAGACACUUCCUAGUACUGCCUGCUAGCCCCAGAAGCAAAAUCCAGAAAACCCCAAUCACAUUGCUAGCAAAAUGUGGAAUGAGUAGUGUUUCACCAAUGUAUGCCUGCUCUGGGAUUAGAAGGGCAAAUUCCAGUAAUGUUUUUGCAUUGUCCAGACAACAGCAUAAUUCAUGCAGAAAGGUGGGCACCUGCUGGCUCAAAGGGAGGGGAGGAAAGAGAAAGAACGGGAGAAAGAAAGAAGGAAAGCCAAACAUAACUUGGUCAACCUGCAUCUUCAUGAAACUGUUGCAUACGAUGAUUUCCAAACUUUCUGCUGGAACAAGCAAAACUAUUAUUAGGAAUCCACCAGUACUGGAGAUUCUGAAGUCAAAGGGCCAUUCUUUGCCCUAACAUACUGAAGGAUUUUUUAAAAGCAUAUUGUGAAAAAAAGGGGUUGCCUUUCUGAUAACAGUUGCUGAAAUUCACUGCUUGAAAUUCUAACCCAGAAGGGAAAACUGAAUCUCAUUCUGCAUCACAGCUUUCUAUCAGUGCACAAACUCUCUUGGGUCGAUUUUGAACCAACUCUGUAAUUCUGGGCUUUCUUUACAACCAUUUGCAAAAAGCUCAUGGUUUUUUUCCCCUCAAGAAGUAUCUCCAUGUUCAUAAGAUAGACAUAUGUACUGCUAGUGAAUGUGUGUAAAUUAUUAUCUUACUCUUCCUGGGAAUUCACAGGCUUUGUACCCAUCCCAUAGCAGUAGCUGGGGCAGAAAGCUUCUUAAGGUCCUAGGUCCCAUACUCUGAACAAAUUUGUUUGGGUAUUAGUGAACAUCUAGAUCUGGUUGGGAAAUAACGGCAUUAAAAUAAUUGCAAGAAACAAUCAAGAAAAUAGUGGCACCAAAUGAAAAAUUAUUGCUCGUGUGAUUCUGGUCACCAAAUUAUAGUAAUUUAAUGAAAGUUACAUCACACUUGAAUAGUGUAAGAACUAUAUACCUGCACCUUCACCACAGCUAGUUUUCAGUUAAAUGGCCAACAAACCAUACAUACAGAGGCUUAUUUAAUAAACUGGAGGAGAAUUUCUCAGGACAAAAUACUUGAUUCAGUGAGGGGAUAUACUUGAUUAUAGAGCAAAAUCAUUGUGGAUUUCAGAGCAACAUGAACUCAAAUCCAUCAUUUGGAAGUAAUGAUCAAAUUGUUUAAUUUCCAUUUUAUAUCCCAGUUCUCUUGGAGAUCUGCACACUAUUAUGCCAAGAGAGUAUAUCAGACCUCAGGAGAAAAAGUGGUUGAGACUCUGGAUGCUUUCAGACAGAUAAUGUAGACCUCUAUAAUAAUAAAAAAAGUCUUGCUAUUUUAGUUUAUUUUUCUGUAGUAGAUCUGUAGUUAAAGAGAAGAAAGGGAGAUGAAGAGAUAGAAAACAGAAAAGUUAUAAGUGAACAUCAAGGACAUCAGAAUAUGAAAUACACAAAUAAGACAGAAUGGGUUUGUAUAACUCUGUAGACUAAAAUGUAGCUGGCUAAUUUAUGGUUUAGUGUGUUGUGCAAAGUUGGUGGGAUUGGCUUAUGAUUUAAUAGAAGUCAGCCAUUGCCCAGACGCUUCUUGUUAAUUUGGUAGCUUUAUCAAGAAUUCUGCCUCUAUUCCUAACUUUCACUAGUGACAAUGUACUUGUGCUUGCCCUGCUCUGCCAACAAGAAGAUAAACUGUACAGGGCUGGAUAGAGUUUUGAAUUAUUGCUCUGGCAAAUAAAAUAUUCAUGAAGAAAGAGGCAAUGAGAAAGGAGAAGGUCUUUGCAGUGUAUCUAAUGAAAGCAAAAUUCUGUUCAGAAUGCAACAUCUACUAUUAUAAUUGUCCACAUUAAAAUAACUUCAUUAGGUUCCUUCUGUAUCAUAAGCACUUGUCCUACAGAAUGAUUGAUUGCCUUUCUUCAGCCCUCAUUAGGAGAUAUUCUGCUUUUUAUUAAUCUGACUUCCUUACAGAUAGUCUGAAAUUUUUGAAUGCAGAUACAUAAGGAGCAUAAACAAAAAUGGCAAUAUCUCAAGUGUAGUAUAUUAUCUUUUUUUUAAAAAAAAAUAGUAAGCUGUGCCUAGUACUAUAGUUAUGGCUGGGUAAGAAUAUUUUUAGAGGUCACUGCCAUCACUUUGUGCAAGAUUGCCAAAGUGCGUCCCUUUAAAAUACACUUGGUCAAAAGACUUGAAUAAACCUGCCAUUUUUAAGAAAUACAAGUUUAAUUUGUUAAAUAAAACAGGACAUAAUUUUUAUAUUUUUCUUUUUUCUCAAAGAAGACUUUUCAAAUCUCAUGUAGACCUGUAUGAGAAAAUUGAAGGAUUGGAACAGACAAUAAUUUUCAUUUAAAGAAAACAACAAAGGUUUCUUCUAGAUAUAAAUUGCUGUUUCAGAAGAGUAGGAGCAUGGAUUUAAUACUGUGUUUUGCAUGACAAGGAAAAGGCAGUCACUCUUUUGGGAAGGAUUAAGAAUGAGCCUUAGAAAGGAACUCAAGCACAUAUGUGAUUUAUUUAAGAGUUUGAGGUUUUAAUUUUUGUUUGCUCCUUCUGUACCUGGGCAUUACAUUACCAAUGCAGACAUCUGGACAACCAAAAAGAUGGAAAAAAAACUUGCAGUCAUCUGUGGGGUUUUUUUGAAGCUCGAAUAUGGCAGACCACUACUUGCUUUUUUCUUUAAUCACCAGAAAGAUGGAUACAUUAAUUAUUAUUAAUUGCAGCACAGCCUGCUUUAAAAUCAACUUCAAGUUUCAGUUCUCUAUUAUGGAGGCAGUCCUGGGGCAAUCCAGAUCACAAGAAACUUCAGCAUUGCAACAUGAGUUCUGAAGAAUAGCCUUUAUUAGCAGAAUGGGUUUUAACUACCUGCGUGCCUCUACUUCUGCCUUUUAGAUCUUUUCCAAAGCAUGUCUAAUCUUAGUAGCUAUGUGAAUUUGUGCUAAGAGACACCAUCAUGCUAAAACUGUCAUAUUUAUUAAGUUUCCUUUACUAAUGUUACUACCUCUGUUGCCUGACCAGAACCACACUGUGUUAUAAAGCCUGAGUUUUAAACUGUAUACAUUUCAAUACAGUUGUAUUGAGCUUAGCAAAAUAUUAGAAGAUAUUGGCAAAAAAAAAAAAAUCCUUUAGCUGAACAGUACAAUUCAUCAUUCAAGGGGGUAGGGCAUGUGAAAGGUAUUCUAGCUUUCCUUCAGAUUAGAUUCCUAGACCCAGCCUAGACCCACCGUCUUAGCUUUACAAUGAUAUUUUAAGUAAAGUUUGAUAGCAGAGGGGAAAUUAACAUAAGUUUCCAUAAGAAAGAAUGUAAUCUGUUGGAUGCAGAGUACUAAGACCAAAUUCCUAAGUCUUAAGACUAGAGAGUAAAUGUGUGCAUUACAAUAAAGUGCAAAUAGUUUUCCAGGAAAGUUGUUGAAUUAGGUGCUCAUUCUCCUUUAUUGCUUUGUUACAAAAUAAACCACCUUGUUUAUCAUGCAUAACCUCGUACUAGAUGAACAGUGACUACAAAAAGGUGACCGUAUGAUUCUAGACAGAGAUCUGAUUACUGUGAAAUUGCUCCAUAUUAGUCUGGAUUGUCUUUUAUAUAACAUUUGUUUUUGCAACAUUGAAGCCAGUGGAACUAAAUCAUAAAUUGUGGCAAGUUUGAUUUUGUAGCCUCAUUACUACACUGAUAAAGAUAAGUUUCCAUAAUGCCAUUAGAUUUAUGGGGAAUCUGCACAAAAAGCAUAAAUUCCCUAUCAGUGCUUGGUUGGAUUCACUUUGGCAGCACCAAUUAAUUUGUCUUUGGAAACUAGGGAAAUUUCUCUCUCAUACACACAGAGGGAGGAAAGAGGUGGUUCUGAACCAAAGAUAAGGUGACUGCUUCAACUAAACAGCUCAAUAAAGCAUAUCCCUGUAUUAGGAAACUAGUACAGAUCUUCAUCUGAAAUACUGCCUCUUACUAUUUUGGAGGGAUAACCAAAGUUGCUCUUGUAAAAGUUUUCAUAAUAGUUUCAUAUUCAUUUCUUCUUCCACUUAAUAUUCUGUAUUCUUUACAACUUAAGUACAAGUAGCCUUCGUUUAACUACCACAAUUGGGACUGGCAAUUUGAUUGUUAAACAAAGCUGUUGCUAAGUGAAACUGUACUUACAACCUUACUUCAUCUUUUUCUUUGCUUUAUAGACCCUGCAAGGAUUGUUAUUUUUUUUAUAACUGCAAACAGUCACUAAACAAGGCAGUCAUUAAAUUGAGGACUACCUAUAGAAGGUAAUUGAAAUAAAUGCUGAAUCAGUACACAGGUAACUCAAUUUACAACUGUUUGGUGAUCAAAGUUACAAUGGGACUGAAAGAAGUGACUUACAACCAGUUCUUGCAUUUAUGACUUUCACAGCAUGCCCAUGGUCACAUGAUCACAAUUCAGGCGCUGGGCAACUAGCAUGUGUUUGGAUGGUUGCAGUAUUCUGGGGUCAUGUGAUCCACAUUUGCAAUCUUCCCAGCUGGCUUCCAAUGAGCAAUGGGGGAAGCAGGUUCAUUAAACACCCAUCUUGCUUAGAAAUUAUGGUCUUGACUGUGGUUGUACAUUGAGGACUGCCUGUAGAGGUUGAUACCCAAGUUUGAAAUAAUAAAUUAGUAUUUCUGCA